CCCCGUCACACUCUCCCUCUCUAACACACACCCCACUAACAAUUCCUUCACUUGCAGCACUGUUGCAUCAUCAUCUUCAUUGCAAAACCCUAAACUUCACCUUCAACCAUGACCACACAAGUACCACCACACAGUGUCCAAGUCCACACAACAACACACCGCUACGAAGCUGGCGUCGUCCCACCCGGAGCCCGUUUCGAACCGCCGCGUUAUGAAGCCGGCGUCAAAGCGCCCUCCAUUUACCAUUCCGAGAGAGGUCCAACGACUUCCCAGGUCCUCGCCGUCCUCGCCGGCCUCCCGGUCGGUGGCAUCCUGCUCCUCCUGGCGGGAUUGACCCUGGCAGGAACCCUCACCGGACUGGCAGUUGCCACGCCGCUCUUCGUCCUCUUCAGCCCGGUGCUGGUUCCAGCCACGGUCGCCAUCGGCCUGGCCGUGGCCGGGUUCCUGACGUCGGGGGCCUUCGGGCUCACGGCGCUGUCUUCCUUCUCCUGGAUCCUGAACUACAUCCGGGAGACCCAGCCAGCCUCGGAGAACCUCGCCGCCGCCGCGAAGCAUCACCUCGCCGAGGCGGCGGAGUACGUGGGGCAGAAGACGAAGGAAGUGGGGCAGAAGACCAAGGAGGUUGGGCAGGAUAUUCAGAGCAAGGCACAGGAUACAAGGGAGGCAGCUGCAAGGGAUGCAAGGGAGGCAGCUGCAAGGGAUGCAAGGGAAGCUGCUGCAAGGGAUGCAAAGGUGGAGGCAAGGGAUGUAAAGAGAACAACAGUGACAGCAACAACCGCAACCGCAUGAUGAGUAAUUCUGAUAUUAGAGGGAGCAUUAAUGUGUUGUUGUGAUGUGGUUUAUAUGGGGAAAUUAAAUAAAUGAUGUAUGUACCUCUUGCCUAUGUAGGUUUGUGUGUUUUGUUUUGUUGUCUAGCUUUGGUUAUUAAGUAGUAGGGACGUUCGUUCGUGUCUCAAAAAAAGGGGUACUACCACUCUGUAGUGUAUAUGGAUGCUGGAAAUCAAUGUGUUUUGUAUUUGUUCACUUCCAUUGUUGAAUUCAAUGUCAAAUGUGUUUUGCGUUGGUUAUGUGUAAAA